AUGAUUAAAAAUCUAUAAGAAGAAAUAGAAAAGUUUAGAACAACUUAGAUUGAGAUUUAAAUAGAGAAGCAUAAGCAUUCAUUGUCAGAAGAUUCAGUAUUAUAAUGUUAUUUGGUAAUGAUCAACUCAGAUCUUCAAUAAGCAUUAAAGGAAUACAUAAAUCAAUUGCUGGAUUAUGCUAAAACUCUACCUCUACCUUCGAAUAAUGAAUUAGCAGUAGCAUUUUCGCAAAGCUUCAUCCCAAUCAAUACUCCGUUUAUUAAGAAAUUUAAGUAAGUAAAAAGGAUCAUCGAAAAGGUGAAUUAUAAUGUCCUCAAUCAGUUUAGAAAAAUGUAUGAUGAAAUGAGAAAUGUCUAGUGUAAGAAGAUGGAAUAACAAAUAAAGGAAAAUGAUUUUUCUAAAUGUAUUUGUGCGAUCUAUUAAAAAACUAAAACUCCCAAAUCUAUACCAAAUGCCAUAAUUUUAGUUUGCUUCAUGUGUCGAUUUCAAUUUCAUAACAGCUGUUUAAGAUAUAAAAUAAAAGAUGGUCAACCAUCGUUUGUGUGUCCAUAAUGUAUACUAAUGAACAUGGAUCCAUUACAUAAAGUAGAAAGCAUGUUGUCCUGUCUAACCUUGGAAACAAGAUCGCAGUCAGAAAAGAGCACAACUAUGAAUUUCCCCUUAAAUUAGGUCGAACUAAAUUAGUCAUUGGAUAUUAGAUGCAUUCGAUUGGAUGGUUAUAGAUAUGAAUAAUCUUGGCCAGACAUUGGUGACUUGAUGAUCAACGGAAUUAAAGUGGUCUAAUUCAAACCAUUGAAAGUGAACAGUUCUUUAAAAUAUAGAAAGGAUGAAUACUAUACAGUGAAGAACCCAAAAUAAGGAUAAUAUCGAGUUGUGUUACGUUCUCAAUCUAGUAAUUUAAAUGAUAGAAAGAACUUUCAAAUCAAAACAGAUUAACUAUUUUACUUUGGAGCAUUUUUAGUUUCAGAGAUUAGUUCAACAGAAAUGAUCUAACAAUAUUAAUUCGAUAAAUCAAAGUGGGUCAAUACCUAGUAAAUGAAAGAUAAUAUUUGCAUGUAUUCUAAUCUCAAUUAAUCAGCAGAUAUAGCAGUCAAUAAGAUUUCAGUAAGCUUAAUUUGUCAAAUUACAACUUUGCCAAUUAAGAUCCCUUGCAGAGGAAUUCUAUGUGAACACAUUUAAUGUUUCUGCUUAGAUAGUUUUUGUAAAUUCAUAGAAUCCCUUACUUAAAAGAAAUGGUCAUGUCCUGUAUGCAAAAGGAUCUGCUUAGAUUUUUAUAUUGACGGCUAUUAAUUUAGUAUACUUGAAUUUUUAAAGAGUUCUAAGGCAAACAAAUAAAGUAAGUAAAGUUUUGAAUAGCAAGUAUCAAAUAUCAAUUUUGAUAGAAAUGGACAUUAUUUGGAUAAUUUUAUAGAUGGUUCAUAAUUAAAAUUUACACCUGGAAGAAACUAUUUUAAUGAGAUAUAUUCAUAAAAGAAAUUAAUAAAAGAAGACUAAAUUGUUAAGAUUUGA